AUGAGACAUCUGAGAAUCCAUACUGGAGAGAAGCCGUAUUCCUGUGAACAUUGUUCAAAGGCAUUUUCUGACAAUUCAUAUUUAAUGAGACAUCUGAGAACCCAUACUGGAGAGAAACCGUAUUCCUGUGAGUAUUGUUCUAGGACAUUUUCCAAAACUUCAAAUUUAAUGAGACAUCUGAGAACCCAUACUGGAGAGAAAACGUAUACCUGUGAACAUUGUUCAAAGGCAUUUUUAGACAAUUCCCAUUUAAUGAGACAUCUGAGAACCCAUGCUGGCGAGAAACCGUAUUGUGAACAUUGUUCAAAGGCAUUUUCUGACAAUUCACAUUUAAUGAGACAUCUGAGAACCCAUACUGGAGAGAAUCCGUAUUCCUGUGAAUAUUGUUUUAAGAUAUUUUCCAACACUUCAGAUUUAAUGAGACAUCUGAGAAUCCAUACUGGAGAGAAACCGUAUUCCUGUGAACAUUGUUCUAAGGAAUUUUCUGACAAUUCACAUUUAAUGAGACAUCUGAGAACCCAUACUGGUGAAAAACCGCAUUCCUGUGAACAUUGCUCAAAGGCAUUUUCCAACAAUUCAGAUUUAAUGAGACAUCUGAGAACCCAUACUGGGGAGAAACCGUAUUCCUGUGAACAUUGUUCAAAGGCAUUUUUAGACAAUUCACAUUUAAUGAGACAUCUGAGAACCCAUGCUGGCGAGAAACCGUAUUCCUGUGAACAUUGUUCAAAAGCAUUUUCUGACAAUUCAUAUUUAACGAGACAUCUGAGAACCCAUACUGGAGAGAAACCGUAUUCCUGUAAAUAUUGUUUUAAGGCAUUUUCCAAAACUUCAAAUUUAAUGAGACAUCUAAAAACCCAUACUGGCGAGAAACCACAUUCUUGUGAACAUUGCUCGAAGUCAUUUUCCAACACUUCCGAUUUAAAGAGACAUCUGAGAAUCCAUACCGGAAAUUUAAAGAGCCAUGCUGGUGAGAAACCGUAUUCCUGCGAACAUUGCUCAAAGGCAUUUUCCUACAAUUCAGAUUUAAUGAGACAUCUGAGAACCCAUACUGGAGAGAAACCGUAUUCCUGUGAACAUUGUUCAAAGACAUUUUCAGACAAUUCACAUUUAAUGAGACAUCUGAGAACCCAUGCUGGCGAGAAACCGUAUUCCUGUGAACAUUGUUCAAAAGCAUUUUCCAAAACUUCAAAUUUAAUGAGACAUCUAAAAACCCAUACUGGCGAGAAACCACAUUCCUGUGAACAUUGCUCAAAGGCAUUUUCCAACACUUCACAUUUAAUGAGACAUCUGAGAGUCCAUACUGGAGAGAAACCGUAUUCCUGUGAGCAUUGUUCAAAGGCAUUUUCAGACAAUUUUCAUUUAAUGAGACAUCUGAGAACCCAUGCUGGCCAGAAACCUCAUUCCUGUGAUUAUUGAUCACAGACGUUUUGCCUUGCUUCAUAUUUAAAGAUACAUAUGAGAGUCUAUACUAGAGAGAAACUUUAUUUCUGUGAACGUUAUUUAAACCAAUUUUUCAG